AAUGACGACAGGGGAUGGCCCAAUGCGGCGCCGGUUCAAAUUUCUGCGCGCUGAUCACCCGCGACUUCUUUACGCCAUCGGGUCAAUGGCGAGAGAAAUGGCGGAUUAUCGGCCGAAUUGUCGGCGGUGCUUUAUUUUUUUUUUCGCGGUCGGCGUUGUGCAGGCGCCGGCGGCCGGGGCCUCUUGGUUAGCCGGUCGCUCUGAACAUGGCGGUCGGAGUUGGAGGGAGAGAGGAUUGUGGUUAAACACCUGCCGCCUGUUCCGGGCCCGGGGAUGGUGGAGUGCGACUGGACACGGCGAUGAGACCGAGCCGGCGAUGCAGGAAAUUCACCUUGAACAGUGGCAAAGCCCACCAAAACCUAAGCCUUCACUGGAGAAUGUUAGCAGUUCAAAAUCUAUAGGAGAUUCAAAGAUGAACUUUGGGAAGAUGCAAGAUUUUGCUGCAACAAAUGCAGGAAGAUAUAAAACUUGUCCAACAAAGGCUAUUCAGCCAGCUCCUAUAUUGAAUGCUUCUGCGAAAAAUAAUGCAAAUACAGAUCUGGAAAAUGCUACUAUUCAGAAACAGCGCAAUGAAUUACAGCUGCUUGUUGCAGAACUGAAAGAUCGGGACAAAGAGUUAAAUGAAAUGGUGGCAGCGCACCGAAAGCAACUUGCGGCAUGGGAGGAGGAUCGUCUGAGGAUACUUAGCCUGGAAGAGAGAUGUGCUAAACUGGAACAUGAACUGCGAAACAGGAAUGAGACCAUUAGAUCCUUAGGUGCGCAACAAAAGAUUUUGGAAUCUCAGCAAGCUGAUUGUCUGAAAACACUGACCAGUACCCAGCAACGGCUGAAGGAAAUAUCUGAAAAAGCAGCAGAAACUGCUAAUACCUGUGAAGAAUUGGAGGACAGGAACAAAACCCUCAAUUCCUCCAAUUUAGAGCUUUCUGCCCAGGUGGGACAGUUAGAGGCACGUGAACAGGAGCUCACUACAAUGCUGGAAUUAAAGGACAAGGAUAUGGUUGACGCCACCAAUCACAUCAUGGAUCUUACAGCUAGGUUUAAAACCUUAGAGGGUGCAUUACGAGAAGCCAGGGUAAAUGAAACGAAUACCAGAAAAGAAGUGCAUGAUUGCAAACAACAUUCAAAGAAACUAAGACAUGAAAUUUGCAAGCUCAAAGAUGAGUUAGAUGAAAAGACUGUGGAAAAUAAUGAACAAAGAGAAGAAAUUAUUCGCCUUAAACAAGAGAGGCAAUAUCUAGGAAAUGAGCUCACUUUAGCAGUUGAAAGGGAGAAGAGGAAAGAUCAGAUACUGGAGCUGGCAAGGUCAAAACAGGAGCGAGCGGACACUGAAUUGCAUGGUCUUCGACAGGUGAAUGAAAAACAACAACAUGACUUGCAGCUUCUGCAUCUGAAUCUUGAAAGUUCUCAGGAGUUGAUCCAAAUGCAGGAGGAGAAAAUUCUGGAAAUUAGUUCAAGUCGACUUCUCUCCGACUCAAUGACACCGAGCAGGGAUGGACAUAAUGAGAUAGAGGAGCAAGAUCACAAAAAUGAUGUAGUUAGAAAAUGGAAAAAGGAGGCAAACAAAGACUGCGUAGUGACCAGACACAAAGAAGAAACAACUAAAUCAAUGCAAAGCUUUAGUGAUGAAUUAAUUUCAUAUAAUACCAAAGAACAAAGCCAUAUGUCGGGCUCAGAAGUGGGUAAUGCUACCAGAAAUUAUACCUCGACCGAAUAUGUAAAUGCUCAAACUUUCUUUCCUAACAAUUUCGAUCAGACUGCAAAUGGAAAUGUGGCAUUCAAGAACUAUAGUCUACAGGUUAAUGUUAAUGAUCCUAAUAAAAAACCAACAAAAUAUGUUCUACCAAAACAAAGCUCCAAAUAUACAACUGCAAAUGAUUGCAUCUCACCUCAGUCAAGAGAUGACAAUUUACAGCAAGUGUCAAGGAAGCAAAAAUGGAGAUUUGAAGAAUCGUCUGAUGUCAAUCCCACAGAGUAUAUGGAACAAUAUAAUAAUGUAAAUUAUACAAGCGUUGAUCAUCACAGUCCUCGCUGCAGCAGUUCUUGCAAAGGCAAUUUAACCAGCGGUUCAGUAGAAAAUCAUUAUACACUUUGUUCAAAGACAAGUGCAACUUCUAUUGUAUCAACUAAAGAAGCAAUGAAGACUUCAGAGAAUCAUAAAAUGGAGGACAAGUACUGUAACGAAUUGAAUGAACGUAAAAUUAAUGAUGAAAUGAUUCGACCUCAUACAAGGUAUGAAACCGACCAGGAGCCUCCAAACCCAGAACAAGAUUGGAUGAAGAUUUAUCAGCCAGCUGUUGAUGUAAAGGAUUUGUGGUGGCUGUACCUAAAUGAUGGUUCAGGAUCCUCACAUGAGUUAGACAGUCCUGCUAGUAUGGGAAAAAAGAGUGAGGACAGGCUGGAAUUGAAUACAUUUAGUCUGGAUUCACCACCACGUUCUGUGAAUUCCUCACCAGUCAGAGAGCGCUCAAGAGGAAAGAGCAGCAUCCAUGGUGACCUAUCUGUGAAUGACUCUGUUUCACCAGUGAGGCUGAACAUUAAUGAGGACAACGAAAGAGGGUCUGCUAAUAAUCCUUACCGAGAUGGCUGUUCACCAACGACUAAACUGCAACGUCUGCUGGCUGAAUCCCGACAGAUGGUUGCUAGUCUGGAACGAAGCACUCAAGUUCCUCAUAGCUUAUCAUCCUGUACUAACAACAAUAAUAAUGCAAGGGAUGGUUGCUCGCUCUAAUAUGAGAAAAUCACUCCUGUAUGACAAGAUAAAACAACAAAAGAUUGCAAAAUGGAGUGAAUGCUUUAACAAGAACUUUAGACGACAAUGGAAGAAGCAUUAAACUGCCAAUAUCUAUGACAGUUACACUUAAUAUUUACCGGACCAGAUUCUGAUGUGUUUUAGGAUGCAGAUAUGAAAAUUGCAAAUAAAUACUUGGAAGCAAUUGUUAUUUGUGGACAGUUAUAACUAUAGUAAUGGUAUUUCAAGCUGUAAAUGUUUUAUUUUUAAUAUCCCAGUCCUGAUCAGACUAUCAGGAGUAUCUGUUGAAAUUAGACACAGAAAAUAAUCAUGUUCAAGGUGGUGUUUUAGAGCAAGAUCACAACACUUUUAUAAAUGAAUUUUGCUGUUUAUAACAUAGUAAAUACAUUUUUAAAAUCUCGUUUAUAUAAUCAAAUAAAUUGAGUGGCUGAAAUCCAGAUAGAGGAAAUCCGUCUUCAUGAAUUCUUCAAUCAGCUGAUUAAACUAGCCCAGUUUUAACCAUAGUUACAAAGCAUAUGUGAUAUCAAAUGCAGAAAAGAGAAACUCCAGUGAACCAUCAAUAUGUAGAGGGCUUCUCCUGAUCUUUUGUGUUUCUGUUGCUUACCUAGUCAUGAGUCUUUCUGCAUUGUUGGUAAUCCAUUUAAUGAAGUACUCUUCCUGAUCUACAUCUAUAUUUAUUUUGAAUACUGCUGUUAAUCUGUAAAACUAGUGAGAAUGUGAAUUUGUAUUACUAGGGGGGAGGCUCAGUGGUUAGCACUGCUGCCUCACAAUGCCAGGGACCCAGGUUCAAUUCCUCCCUUGGGCAACUGUCCA